UAUUUCCAUAAUGUUGCAAUAAUCUGCUUCGAAAAUGAAUUUGUAUCAAGUCGCUGUUAUUGAAUAAGAGUCUCAUUAAGAUGUAGAGAUCUACUUGCUAGAAUGUUUAUAAUUUUAACUGUCCAUCGAAAUUCAGUAUUUAUAUCCAUGAACAUGGUCGGCAUUUCCGGAAAGAGAAUUAACUGGUAGUUAAUAAUGGCUAAAGCUAUCUCUUCUUUAGUGGCCAAAGGCCCAACUCUGGUGAAAGGUUUUGUUGAUACCGCAACGCCAAAAUUUAAUCUUUUUCUAAAAUAUGCCAAAGUAGAGUUGGCUCCACCUACUCCUGCAGAUAUUCCACAGAUAAGAUCUGGAAUACAGAAACUACUCACAGGAUUCCGAACCGGGAAGUGGAAGGAAACUACUGUAAAAGAGGCAUGGCUGAAUUCUCUUGUAACAGCAGAAGUUGUGUUUUGGUUCUUCAUUGGUGAAUGCAUUGGGAAGAGGAGCAUUAUUGGUUAUCAUGUGUGAGGUACUUUUUGUUGUAAAUUACUAUAUUGAAUUCUGAAUGCUGUUGUAGCGAUACUUGUCGAUGUGGAUAUGUUAUUUGUAGUGUACAAAUUUAAAUAUACAUUAUAGAAUAUGAA